ACAAUAUGCCUUGUUGUGUUGUGACGCACAACUUACCUGUAGCGCCAAUUAAAGCCGACCUAUCAGCGAGGAGUCAUGGCCUCACAGUGCCUCGCUACACUAUGGUUUGCGCCACUGGCGCGGCAGGCGUUUUAUGAGUGACAGGUUAGUCAUCCCUGUCUAGGACCAGAGUAACUGGCGCAGCAGCCUAGGCUUCCAGGAAAAGCACCAGCUGUGUAACUUAAAAAAAGUUAGGGAUCAGAUGCGACCACUUGCCCCUUAGACAAGUCGUCUCCGCUAUGGUCAGUGCGUCAGGAGCGGCGAUUGCGCUUUUAGAACUCAAAACGCCGCCGCCGCCUCCACCGCAAUCCCAGAAGCCGUGUCGCGGCCGCAGGUGUGCAGAUUUUCCAGGUAGCGCCGCGUUUGUCGGCGGAUUCCGCGGUAGCCUGCUGGGGUGCCGGCAGCAAGAGGGCCUGCUCAUGUUUCACAAUCAUCAUCAGCCGCACCCGCCGCCGCUGCCGCCGCCGCCGCCGCCGCUUCAGCCGCAACCACUGGAUGCGCCGCAAGGUGGCAACGCCGCACAGCACCGAAGAAAUGGCUUCCUAUUCGCGGCGGCGCCGGGGGGGCCGGUGGCGGCGGCCUCCGCCGUCGCGGCUCCGCCGGUCGGCGGUAGCCGCACUCCGCCGCCGCUCCCCCUUUUCCCCUUCGUCGCGGCGAGCGUAGCCCCCGCCGCCGCCGCUGCUGAUUCCGGGCCGUCAGCUGCUCCCUAUCACACCACGGCGCCGCCGCGAAAUUCCUCGGCGGCUUUAGUCGCAGGAGGCUUUCUGUCAGCGCCGCCUCCGGGGGCGGCGGCUCCUUCGAUUGACGCCGCUUCCGUGAUAGGCGCGAGUACGGAUAGGCGGACGGACACGUGGCCGGACUCGAGAACGGACAUCGGUGGGGCGACGGGCCUAAUCUCCCGUGAUGACGAUCGGCGGCGCGACAGUUUUGGCGCCGCCAUGGCCGCCGCGACCGGCGGCGGUUUCGGCGCCACGGCGGCGUCGCCGCCGCUCUGGGGAACUCGCGCAAUUGACGGCCACGGCCCCGGCGGUGCGACCGCCAGCGGAAACGCUGCUGCUGCGGCCGCCGCCGCCACGUCGUUUGAUGGAGUGUUAUGGGGGGAGUCGGAGGGGCAGCAGCAGACACCGAGCACGAAUGCCAAGGGGCAGUGGACUCCGGUGAGAAGCGGAGGAGGAUGCUCUCUUGAGGCAGCUGGUGGAGCGGGGCGGAGCCAAGGGGUGGACGGCCAUAGCAGCGCAUCUGAACGGGCGGGCGGGGAAGCAGUGCAGGGAGCGGUGGCACAACCACUUGAAGCGAGGGAUAAAAAAAGUGAUUAUAACGAGGAUAGAGUGUUUGUGAGUGAUUGCCAUAGCAGCGCAUCUGAACGGGCGGGCGGGGAAGCAGUGCAGGGAGCGGUGGCACAACCACUUGAAGCGAGGGAUAAAAAAAGUGAUUAUAACGAGGAUAGAGUGUUUGUGAGUGAUUGCCAUAGCAGCGCAUCUGAACGGGCGGGCGGGGAAGCAGUGCAGGGAGCGGUGGCACAACCACUUGAAGCGAGGGAUAAAAAAAGUGAUUAUAACGAGGAUAGAGUGUUUGAGGCGUGGACAGAGGAGGAGGAGCACGCGUUUGUGGAGGCGCACAAACGACUCGGCAACAAGUGGGCGGAGAUUGCAAGAAUACUACCAGGGCGCACCGACAACAGCGUAAAAAACCACUGGAAUUCCACUGCUAGAAGAAAGGAGGAGAUGGGGCGCGGAGGAGGGGCGGAGGGGAAGGGGGGAAGUGGGAGGCCGGGUAGUGCUGGCAGCGCUGGCAGUGCGGGCAGCGCUGGUAGUGGUCGGGGUGGGUAUGGUGGACGGUCGAACGUGCUGUUAAGGUAUAUUCAGUCGAUGAAGCAGGGGAAGCGGAGUGAGGGGAAGCAGAGUGAGGGGAAGCGGAGUGAGGGGAAGAGGAGUGAGGGGAAGCGGAGCGAGGGCAGGCGGACCGAGGGGGAGCGGAGUGAGAGCAAAGGGGGGAGAAAGGGGGAGCAGAGGGCGAGGAGUGGUGGGGAGGAGGGGGGGAGGAGUGAAGGGGGGCAGGGGGAGAGGAAUGAUAGGGGGAAGGGGGAAGUGGGGGGGGCGGCAAGAGGGGGAAUGGGAGGAGGUGGUGUGUGUGGAAGGGAUGGGGGGAAGGCUGGUAGGGGGGAUGGGGUGAGGGAGUGGAGUGAGAAGGAGGGAGGAGAGAGCAUGGAGGGGCGAGAGGAGGGGAGUAAGGGAGGGGAUAGAGAAUGCAGAGAGGAAAUCGGAAGAGCAGAGGAGGGACGUAUGGAGGUGGAGGGAAGUACGAGGGUGGAAGAAGGUGUGAGAGAGGAAGAGGGGGGGAUCAAGGGAGCGGAGGGUGAGGAAGUGAGAGAGGAGGAGGAGGAAGAAGAGGAAGAAGAAGAGGAGGAGCAAGCAUGCAGUGAGGUGGAGUGGAGAAUGCAAGGGAUGCACCUGGAAAGGCCGGCAUCGAUACUAGCAGCAGCAGCAGGAGGAGAAAAAGAAGAAGAAUCAGCAGCAGAGCCAGCAGCAGAGCCAGCAGCAGAGCCAGCAGCAGAGCCAGCAGCAGAAUCAAGAGGAGCAGCAUCAGGAGCAGCAGCGCCAGCAGCAGCAGAACCAGCGCAGCUUGCUUUGCCUCUAGAUCAAUCCAUGCAUCUCGCAGCAGCUGAAGACCCUCGCGUAACAGCAGCAGCCCACGCCCCGUCUCCAUCUGUGCGACGCCAAUUCCCCCCUGCGGCUCAUCUUUCUCUAUCUCCAGUGCUCCAUCACCCUCCACUUCAAUCCUCGCAUCCCUUUUCGCACCCAGCUGUUCAUCCUUCUUUGACUCCAGUGCUCCAUCCUCCGCCGCAUCAUUCGAUACAUCAAUCCCCGCAUCCCUUUUCGCACCCAUCCGUCCAUCCUCCUUUAUCUCCAGCCCUCCAUCAAUCCCCCCAUCCGUCCCCCCACCCCUCUUUGCACCCAGCUGCUCUCUUUCCUCCCACCCAGCAACCACCAAUUCCCCCGUCUUCACUCCCCGCUCCUUCUCCGCCGCACUCUCCCCCUCCCGUUCUCUCUCUCUCCCUCUUUCCCACGCCUCUUCCCCUUCCUCCCUCCUCACCUUCGCCCCCGCACCCGCACACAAACUCUAACUCACACACUCCCUCUCACACUCACACUCGCCCUAGUCCGGCUUACCCUCACCAAACUUCCCCCCCAUCUCCUCCCCCAACUCACUCUCUUCCUCUCCCCUCAUCCUCACUCUGCUCUUCCCCUCCUCCCCACGCCAUACGUUUCCCCUUCUCCUCUCAAGUCCAGUCCUCCUCUCCUUACUCCCACCCCUCCCUCUCCUUCCGUCUUCACCCUCCCACUCACCUUCCCACUCAUCCUCCUCCCACUCACCCUUCGCCCACUCACCCUCCUCUCUCGCUCCCUCUCUCCUCUCUUCAACCCAUUCUCGAGACCACUCCUGAACGCCUCUCGAUGUCUGCAUCGGCAAGAAGACAGCAAGAGCAGCAGCACCACCAUCACAACCACCACCACCACAACCAGCUGCAGCACCUGCAGCAUGAGCAGCAGCAGCAGCAGCAGCAGCAGCAGCAGCAUCAGCAUCAGCAGCAGCACCACCACCACCACAAUCACCAGCUGCAGCACCAGCAUGAGCAGCAGCAGGAAUUGUCAGCUCACUGGAAUGCUAUGCCCACAGCAUCUGCUAUGGAGGGGCAUGAACGCAUGGAUGCACAGACUAUGGAUGUUGACUUCAGGGCAGUAGACGAGGGCUCAAUAAGAGAGGGCUUCGUUAGCAGUAUAACAGCACGAGCAGGGUGUACAUUGGUAAGCGAAGCGGCUUAUAUGGAGGGAAUUAAAACAGAGGAGGAGGUAGCAGAGGUGAAGCCGCUUAUUGACACACUAUCAGGUGAAGGACUUCUCCCACAGUCACACCCCAACUGUGAGUCACAGGUUCACACACACAGACCACAGCCCCUGCCUUCGAUACAAGCACCCUCGGAAGUGCAUUAUCCGGAGCCUACACCUUCGCUACAAGCACGCUUUGAAGCGCCUCACCCCGUGAUAAAAGCACGUCUGGAGGGCGUAAGCUCUCUCCAUCCUCAGGCAACCAGCAGCAAUCAUUCCCUGCCUCCCUUGCCAGCAACCAUUCAGGAAACUUCUCAGAAGACACCCGUAGCUCACAAUCCAGCGUUUCUAGAGACAUCACUCAUGCAAGAGCCAGCCCACAAGGCCCACAAUCAAACAUCCCUUGAGUCAGCACCCAUGCAAGAGCCCGCCCACAAUCGGUUGCUGCUUGAGUCGGCACCCACUCAGUUGACUCAGGAGCCAGCCCACAAGGCGCACAAUCGAUCGCUGCUGGCGUCACGGCUGAUGCGAUCACUGGGAGCGAAGAGGAGCAGGAGGCAGAGCGAAGGGGGGAUGGAGCAGUGGCCAGAAAGAGGGGGGAUGGAGCAGAGGCAGAGGGAAGGGGGGUCGGGGGGAGGAAGGGAGGGAGGGGCAAGUUUGUCUGCCCAGCAGCAGCAAACACAGGCAAGUUCAGGGGCAGCAGCGGCAAACGCCAACGCCAGUGGUCAGACUUCUCGCGACAUUAUGUUUACCGGUACUCCACAGAGUAUUCUCACUGACUCUUCUUGGGACAUUUCAUCUGACCCGCAACCUGCCCUGAAAAGACGAUGUCUGCUGCAGCGCAGUGUGGCUGGGCCACUGCCCGGCGCUCCUGUAGCGGCGGUGGGCGGCGCUUUCCUGCUGGUCGGCGAACUGAGCCUCACUCUUUCGUCCUCUUGCCUGAUGCCGAUUUCUGCCGGACAGGAGAUAUUGGGAGAUGACCCUGUGAAGAUUCAGGAAAUGCCGUGGGUGGUUGGGAAAGGGACAGGGUUCGGGAGGAGGGAGUGGAUGGGGAGAGGGGGAGGGAGUGAGAAGGAAAGUGGAGGAAAGAGGGAUGCCUGAGAAUUAUAUAGACUGGGAAUGGGUUUGGAAAGCUCAUUUCAAAAGUUGGCAAUGGCAACUGAGUCAAGGGAUCAAGGUUAUAAAGCAAAAUGUGGCAUGGUACAUGAUAAUAGGAUAUUGAAGUAGAGGCUAGUGUUGUCAGUCGCACCCCCCUACCCUCCAAUUUCGCGCUUCGUAGCCACGAGCCCCCCCCCCUCCCCCCCCCCCUCCCCCCCAGCGUUCGAUUUGUUCGUGCGGUAGUCAGCAGGCCCAGCACGCCUGCCAGCACGCUAACGAGCUCGCCAGCCAACGUGCAAGCUAGCUAGCCAGCCGUUUUAGCCAGCUCUGUCAAACAUAUUUUGUAUAUGUCUUAUUUGGUAUGUGCGUACUCUUAGAGGGUACAACCCCUUAAACCAAC